UUCUGCGCAUGUGCGCAGAACUGCUUUCCUGCUUCCGCCGUCUCCGGUCUUGAGAGUGCGUGGGUUUCGCCCCUCAGGUCUAAGUCUCAAUGUCUCUGGAACAAAGCAGCUCUUGUGUGGAAGGAAGGACAGAGCCCUGGGGACAGGAGUCCCACCUGGAAGAACAGCCCAUCUGACAGGGACUACCCUCACCAGAGCUUCAGAACAGAUACAGAAGAACUCAGAAAGGAGUGGAUCCUAUUUGCUUCACCAGAAGCAGUUCUUAAUCACUGUUCCCAUAGAGAGCCAGACUUGCUGAUGUCACCACAUCCAGAAGCCAUCACAGACUGUGUGACAGUGGACACUGUGGACCAGCUUGCAGGUGCUUAUCCCUCACACUUCUCUACACUCUCCCAAGAGCAGCAGAAAAUGAACAUUUGUCAGGCAUCAGUGUCAUUCAAGGAUGUGACUGUGGAAUUCACCCAGGAGGAGUGGCAACAAAUGGGUCCUAUUCAGAGAACGCUGUACAGAGAUGUGAUGCUGGAGAACUACAAAAACUUAGUCUCAGUGGGGAACUGCAUUUUCAAACCAGAGGUGAUCUUCAAGUUGGAGCAAGGAGAAGAGCCUUGGUUCUUAGAGGAAGAAUUCUCAAACCAGAGCCACCAAGUUUUAGAAGAUUACAGAGGGGAUGACCUGAUCAAGAGGAACAAAACAAUCAAACACUUGCGGCAAGUAACAUUCAUCAAUAAGAAAUCAUUGACUAAAGAGGAAGAGGAAUUUUGGGGAAGACCAUUUAAUCUGCAUAUAGCUUCUGUUUCUUCAAAAAAAAUGUCCUGUAAAUGUGAGUCAUGGGGAGUGAAUUUGCAAAGUAUUUCUCAAUAUAUUAUUAAUAAUAGAACAUAUUCAACCAAAAAAACAGAUUGCUGUAAUGUAUGUGGAAAUUUGCCUUUCAAAAUUAAGUUUGAGAGAACUCAUAAUGGAGAAAAAUUUUAUGAAUAUAAUAAAAAUGGGAAAGCCCUCAGUUAUAAGGAAAAUCUUCCUGAGCAUCAAAAGUGUCAAACUUUGGAACAAGCUUUUGAACAUAAUGAAAUUAGAAAAGCUUUCUAUGAUGAGGCUUUCUCUGUUACACAUAAAAGUACUCACAUAGGAGAAAAAUCCUGUAAAGAUGACGAAUUUAGGAAAAACUGUGAUAAGACGACUCUCUUUGACCACAAAAGAACUGGGACAGGGGAGAAACACUGUGAUCUUAACCAAUGUGGGAAAUCCUUCUGUGAGAAAUCAGUUGUCAAGGAAUACAAUAAAUUUAACAUGGCUGUGAAACACUAUGAAUGUAAUAUAAGUGGGAAUAUUUCCAGCAAGAAGUCACACCUCACUCAACCUCAGAGAACUGUCACAGAAAAGAACCCAUUGGUACGUAAUGACAGGACACAAACUGGGAAUAAAUCCUUUGAAUAUCAUGAAAAUAAGAAAUCCUACCAGUCAGCAGCCCACAAAGUACGCCAGAGAACUCACUGUGAGGUAAAACCCUAUAAAUGUAAUCAAUGUGGGAAAUCUUUCUGUCAAAAAGGACAUCUCAUUCAACAUCAGAGAACUCACACAGGAGAGAAACCAUUUGAAUGUAAGGAAUGUGGAAAAACUUUCUCCCAGAAGUCACACCUCAGGACACAUGAGAGAAUUCACACAGCAGAGAAACCCUAUAAAUGUAAUGAAUGUGGGAAAACAUUUGUCCAGAAGUCAACCCUCAGGGGACAUCAGAGAAUUCAUACAGGAGAGAAACCCUAUGAAUGUAGUGAAUGUGGGAAAACUUUUGUUCAAAAGUCAACCCUCAGAGAUCAUCAUAGAAUUCACACAGGGGAGAAAUCCUUUCAAUGUAAUGAAUGUGGGAAAACUUUUGGUCAGAAGUCAAACCUCAGAAUACAUCAGAGAACUCACAGUGGUGAGAAAACUUAUCAGUGUAGUGAAUGUGAAAAAUCCUUCUGGCGAAAAGACCAUCUCAUUCAACAUCAGAAAACACACACAGGUGAGAAACCAUUUAAAUGUGAUGACUGUGGGAAAACUUUCGCCCGGAUGUCAACCCUCAGAGUGCAUCAGAGAAUUCAUACUGGGGAGAAACCAUUUAAAUGUAAUGAAUGUGGGAAAAAAUUUGUCCGGAAGGCAAUCCUCAGUGAUCAUCAGAGAAUUCAUACAGGAGAGAAGCCCUUUCAAUGUGAUAAAUGUGGAAAAACCUUUGGCCAGAAAUCAAACCUCAGAAUACAUCAGAGAACUCACAGUGGGGAGAAAUCUUAUGAAUGUAAUGAAUAUGGAAAAUUGUAUGAGCAGUCGGCCCUAAAUGUAUGCCAGAGAAUUCAGGGAGGGGGAAAACCCUAUUGAUAUGAUAACUAUGGAAACUCCUGGCUAAAAGACCAACUCAUUUGGCAUUAGAAAAUCACAAAGGAGGGAAACCAUAUAAAAAAUGAAGGUGGGAAGAAAUUUGUCCAAAAGGCAACCCUGAGAGUAUGUUAAAGAAUUCACACAGGCUUCUGUUUCUUUUAAGAUACUAUGGGAAGCCCUUUGGAAUGAAGUCACACCCUAUUAGAUGACUGUCACACAUCACACGAGUUGGUAAUCUGUUCACUAGUAAGAAUUUAUUUUUUUUUUGUCUAGCUACAUAGCUAAACUUCCCAGUCUCCCUUUCAUCUAAGUGGGGCUUUGUAACUGUCUAGUGGAAUGUGGAUGCUCAUGGGUAUGCUACAUCCAGUUCUGACAAAUAAAAGACUUCCCUGACAAGCUACCAGGCCACUGUCAGAAUAAAAUGGAGUUGACUUCCAGGACAACCUUGGGUACCGUGCUUUAACAUAGCACAGCACAAGAUAAAAGCUAGGGUGCCUGAAAUAUGUGGACAAAAUUCUCUCUUCCACAUCUUUAUCACUUGGACAUUUUGUGAGCAAGAAUUAUGCUUAUAUUCUGUUGAGCUCUUACAUGUUUUGGUCUAUUUGUUUCUGCAUAUAAUUUAGCCAUCUCUCUUCUAGGGAGGCAGAAAACUGAAAGCCAAGCUUACAUCAGCCAAAGAGAGCAAACCUUAUUAGAGGGUUGGUGUGUCAAGGAGUCCCUCAGAGAUCAUCAGAGAAUUUGUACAAAAGACAUCCUUUCAAUGUCCUGAAAUAGAUGGUACCACCUGAUACAGGGCUUUGGAUGAAACUAAAAUGUUGGAAGUUUUUUUGGUUGAAUGGUGAGCAGCCAUCAUGCAACUAAAGUAAAGGUGGCUUGCUUAAUGUCAUGAAGCCACUCUCCACACCUACAUAUACCCCAACUUCAGCUGCUUUAAGGGGAAAGAAGUUUUACUGUCUAAAAAAGGGAUCAAAGGCCACUGCCUCCCCACCCCCAUCAUUCUGGGGAACUUUGAGGGAAGGGUGAAACUCAAACUUUUAUGCUUCUAUGGGAUACAGUGUCCAAGUCAACAUCUUACCAGUUCCCACAGAGGUAAGGGGCACCUAGAUCUAGAUAAUAUCAUUAGGGCAGAGUUUGCAAUAGGGAAGGGAAAUGAAUGGGACCUUAGGAAUAAAUGGGGCCUAGUGCAAUGUACUGUGAUUACUUCUACAUCUGAAAGUAUAGUAGGAAUUAAUGUUAAAUGCUGUACUUCCCCUUCCCAUAAGUCAUAGAGGAAAUUCUCCUAGUCAAGAAGAGUUGCAUGUAAAGAAAAUACUUUUGAGGUCUCACAGCCCUUAAUGAACAUUUUGGGCUUCAAGUCUCUGACUGGUGAUUUUGUUGACUGGAACUUCUGGCAAAAGGAGGCACCCUUGGGGGUGAGGGGAAGGGUGGUUUGACUUGAUGCCCUGACAAGGCUACUACGUAUACCCCUAUUGCAAAGCAGUUAUUAGCUUUUUCUUGAGCUGUUUUACACUAGACAACUUGCAGAGGCCUCUAACUUGAUAUUGCAAUUUGGGGGUCUGUCACCUUGGCCUUACCAACUGAAGAGAUGGAAAGAACUCAAGCCUCAUGUGUGAAAUCAAGAAUGUAGCUGUCCUGGUCCCAGCAGUAUCUCAGCUGUACAUGAAAUAGUAGCAGCUAUCCCUUAGGAAAUUUAUCCCCCACUUUGCUGCCUGAAGCAAAGCUGCUGGCUCAGUAGUGCCCUCAAUUCAUAGAGGUUACUCUAAUUGGGCCUGGUUCACUGAUGGUUUGGCUAGUUGAAACCACUUGGAUGCUAUGAUUAUUCAACCUUAGUCCCAUUAUGCAGACCCCAAAAUUGAUGUGGCUGUUCAUCUCACUGGGCAGAACAUAGGGAUGUUCUCAACUCGAGCCAGUAUUCCCUUUGAUGAAACUUGGUGUGUUUUUAUUGACUUCCGGACUCUUACUGUGUCUAGCUAUUUGACAUGCCAGUUCUAAAACUACAGACAGACAAAAGCACCUGUCUUUGGUGCUGCAAACUGGGGGGGAAAAGUCACAGCUUUUGAGAAGAAUGUCUGGGUGGUUCACCUAGACGCCCAUAGAGACAGACUGUUCUCUGAUAAGACUGACUGGCAUCAAGCUGGUAAUCAAGCCUUCACUACCCAGACUGUUAGCAUUGCUACCUGGAUCCAUCAUCAUACUGAUAUGGCAAAACAUUCGCCAUCUUACACUGGAUACAAAGUAAAGGUUUCUCUAUAUCCAGUGCUUCCUUUGAUAUAAGAAUCUACAGUUUUUUUCUUCCAGAUUAAUAGCCAAUGCUCCAUAUGCCAUUUGAUUAAUUCACCCCUUUCCUACCGAUUUUAUUUAGAUAUCUUUAUAUAGUAAAUUCUCACUUCCAAAGAUAUUGUUUAUGAUGCAUUCUUUACAAUUGUUUUAUUAGUAACAUCUUCCUUUUGGAACAAGGCUGGCACAUACCUCAUAUGCGCCAAAAUAUCCCAUCUUUCUGGCCUGAUAAUGUUUCACUGAAGGGUAUUUGAAUCAAGAUUAAUAAAGGAGAAUGCCUCCUAGGACUCUGGAAAUGAAACAUCAGUUACGUUGUUACUCUAGAGCAGCUGCCAGCAGCCUUGCCAAGAAUAUGCAUCUACAAUAAGAGAAGAUAAUGUCCUGUUAGUGCUAGUGUCUGAAAAAUCAAGAGAUUACUGUUUACUGUUUUUAUAAUAGUUGGUAAUAUAAAGAUAGUCUUCUUAAAUUUUUUCUCAGUUUCUUAAGAUAUUUAGAAUCAUCUCCCUCAUGUCUCCUUUUACAUAUAAUCUUAGGAUUAUGAUUGGAUUUGCUAUUAAGUUCAGGAUCAUCUGCCCACCAGGAUGGAACCAAUUCACCCAAGUGGCCUGAGGCAUUUAUUGGGAGGCCAGGUGACAAAAGUCCCCUGACUGGGCACUCAGGCCUUACCUGCUAUCCCCUUGCUGUGGUAGGCCCACAGAACACCUCUCCAUAUAAUACAUUAUCAGCUGGAGACUGUGGUCUAUGCUGUAGUAUAGUGCCCUUUUCUCUACCUGGUUCAUCUUUCCAGGUUAUGAACUUUUAUUUCAAUAGAUAGAUAGAUGCCUCAUCUAGAGACCCUGGAGGAGUCAAUUUUCUGUCUGCCUGUUUACUAAGGGUCUUCAAGCUAAUAAAGAAAAGAAGUCUCCAUGUGGGCAAGAAUUUUUAUCUGUUUUGUUCAUAAUGUAUCCCAAGCAUAUGAAACAGUCCCUCUAUGUAUUGGGCACUCAGAAAUACUGGUUAAAGGUAGAAUUAUCAAAGUGAAAUCUGAACACUUUUCCUUUCAAUGCUGGGAAUUAUCUUGAUUCAUCAUUUAUUAUAAAUAGUUAAGUAAAAUUAUUGCUGUAAGUUCCCAGACUCUUCUAUUUUGGAUAUUUUCUAAAAUUGCUAAAACUUAACUUGUUCUUAAUAGUCAGAAGUGUACAAUACUGUUUUUCAGAUCUUUUGUCAGCCAAAACAUAAAUUUACCUUCAAUAAACUGGUAUUGCUAAUUCAAAAUUACGUUUACAUAUCAGUUUUUCUUAGCAUAGUAAAGUGCAGGCUUUUUUUUGGCAGG